UCCACUGUGUCAAGUUUCACGUCUCAACAUUUUAGUGUCGUUGUUGUUGUUGUGCAGCUUCGCCCUUCAUCAGACCACAAAUGGGAAUCCUGGACCUCCCUUUUCAGUCCGGGGGCGUCUUGGCAACUCUGCUGGCGGCGGCCGGCGUCCUUCUGCUGGUCUAUGCGCUCUCUUCCGCGUGGAUCCCGCAGGAAAGCUCCAACGAGCCUCCGGGCCCGAGACCGCUGCCUCUGCUGGGGAAUCUCUUGCAGCUGGACCUCAAGAGACCCUACAACACCCUCGUGGAGAUGUCCAAGAAGUACGGGCCGGUGUUCAGGGUCUACCUGGGCUCCAAGAAGGUGGUGGUCCUGGCCGGCUACAAGGUGGUGAAGGAAGCUCUGGUCAACCACGCGGAGGAGUUUGGGGACAGAGAUAUCUUACGCAUUGUGAGCCAGUACAACGACGGACACGGUGUCAUAUGGAGCAACGGAGACUCGUGGAAGGAGAUGCGACGCUUUGCUUUGACCAACCUGAAAGACUUUGGGAUGGGAAAGAAGGCGUGCGAGGACAAGAUCAUCGAGGAGUGUCAAUACCUCUUGGAAGUCGUCAGGAACUUCAAAGGCAACGCCUUUGACACCACGCAACCAAUCAACUACGCGGUCUCCAACAUCAUCACCUCCAUCGUCUACGGGGACAGGUUCAACUACGAUGAUCCCGAGUUCAACGCCAUGGUGGACGGAAUGAACCGGAAAAUCCAGCUGGCAGGCUCACCUUCUGCCCAGGUGUUCAACUUGUCCCCGUGGCUUGGCAAGUGGCUGCCACAGAACAAGGAAUUCUUCCGAUUGACGGCUGAUUACACAAAGACGACUCUGGAAAUGUUCAGCCGACUCAGGGAAAGCCUCAAUCCGCUCUUGCCCAGAAGCCUUGUGGAUGCCUUCUUCAUCCGCAAGCAAGAGCUGGAGGAGAGCGGGAUCACCAACAGUCACUUCCAUGACGAAAACCUGAUGUGGACAGUUCAGAACCUCUUUGCCGCCGGCACCGACACCACGGCUGCUACGCUCAGGUGGUCCUUGCUUCUCAUGGCCAAGUAUCCUGACAUCCAAGGUAAGACCAGAAAAAAAAAGACCUCAAGUAUUCUGCAUCAUAACCUAAAGGCCUGGCUCACCCACAAAGACAAGGUCCAUGAGGAGGUACGCAUGGUGAUCGGGGAUCGUCAGGUCCGGGUGGAGGACCGCAAGAACCUGCCCUUCACCGACGCCGUCAUCCACGAGACGCAGAGGCUGGCCAACAUCGCACCCAUAGCCGUCCCUCACCGGACCAGCCAGGAUGUCACCUUCCGAGGAUACUUUAUCAAGAAGAACACCACCGUCUACGUCCUCCUGACGUCCGUCCUCCAUGACGAGAGCGAGUGGGAAAAGCCGUAUUCCUUCCACCCCGACCACUUUCUGGAUAAGGAUGGGAAGCUUGUCAAGAACGAUGAAACUUUGCGAGUGGAGGCUGGUCCGUCUGACCUCAGUGACUUUCUGAGCUGUCACGCGCACACGGAGAAGUUCGGGGGCGUCUUUUUUAGCUUCGUAAACAUGGACGUUUCGGUCGCCUUCUUGCCGCUGAGCUCCAGCUACGUGCUCGCUUCCGCGCUGGUGCUGCUCGUCGGCUACAUGGCCUGGUCGUCGGCCUCCAGGUCACCGGAGUCCGGCGGACAGGAGCCCCCAGGUCCCAGGCCGCUGCCGCUGCUCGGGAACUUGCUCCAGCUCAACCUGAACGGACCGCACCAGACCCUCCUGCAGAUGUCCAAGAAGUACGGUCCGGUGUUCACCUUCCACAUGGGCCCCAAUAAGGUGGUGGUUCUGGCCGGAUAUAAGACAGUGAAAGAGGCCCUGAUCCAGCACGCUGAAGAAUUCGGAGAACGAGAACCUCUGAAAACCGCCAAGGAGGUCAAGCUAGAGCACGGUGUCCUGUGGAACAACGGAGAGUCGUGGAAGGAGAUGCGACGCUUCACUUUGACCAACCUGAGAGACUUUGGGAUGGGAAAGAAGGCGUGCGAGGACAAGAUCAUCGAGGAAUGUCAGCACCUCUUGGAAGUCUUCAGGAAUUUCAGAGGAGAAGCGUUCGACACGCAGCAGCCGGUCAACUACGCCGUAUCCAAUAUCAUCUGCUCGCUGGUGUUUGGCAGCAGGUUCCGGUACGACGACCCCGCCUUCACCGCCAUGGUGCAGCGCACCAGCAGAAGCAUUCAAAUCGUGGGCGGCCCAUCUUUGCUGUUGUACAACAUGUUCCCGUGGCUCGGCAAGUGGUUCUCCUCGGCCAGGGAGGAGCUCCACAAUCUGGGGAAGGCCAACCGGAAGCAGGCCACGGAACUGAUCCAGGCUCUGAAGGAGACUUUCAACCCGCAGAGCAGCCGAGGCUUGGUGGACGCUUUCCUCCUCCGACAGCAGCAGCAGGAGGACACCGGGGAUGUGGGUCACUUCCACAAUGCGAACCUUCUCAUGACCGUCUCCAACCUGUUUGCUGCCGGCACAGAAACCACCUCCACUACGCUCAGAUGGGCGCUCCUCCUCAUGGCCAAGUAUCCCCACAUACAAGAGAAGAUCCGAGAGGAGCUGAACCAAGUGAUCGGAGAUCGUCAGGUCCAGGUGGAAGACCGCAAGAACUUGCCCUACACCGACGCCGUCAUCCAUGAGACGCAGAGGCUCGCCAACAUCAUUCCCAUGGCGCUCCCUCACCGGACCAGCCAGGACGUGACCUUCCACGGCUACUUCAUCAAGAAGGGCACGACAGUGUACCCUCUCCUGACGUCCGUCCUGCACGACGACAGCGUGUGGGAGAAGCCGCACUCCUUCCAUCCCCAGCAUUUUCUGGACAAGGACGGAAAGUUCGUCAAGCACGACGCCUUCAUGCCCUUCUCGGCAGGUCGCAGGGUUUGCCUGGGAGAGAGCCUGGCCCGCAUGGAGCUCUUUGUCUUCUUCGUCACGCUGCUGCAGCACUUCCGCUUCCGCCCCCCCGCGGGGGUCCCCGAGGACGAGCUGGACUUGACCCCGAUGGUGGGCGGCACGCUCAGCCCCGCGCCACACAAGCUUCGCGCCGUCUCCCUUGCCGGCUAGCCAGCUAGCAAGCUAACGUCAUGGCCGCUUUUCUUUUUUUUUUUUUUUUUGCAAUCAUCUCCCAGCAAUUACUUUUUUUUUAAUCACACAGCUAAUAACCACGCACAUUGUUUUUUGUGACUCUGUAAUCUUUGCACAAAUGUUUAUAUCCAGUAGAUGCUAAUAGCGUGUAAUGUCCCAUAUGCGUUUAAAUUGUUUGAGACCUUUGGUGAAUAAAGUUGAUUAAACGCAUUUGUCAAGUGUCUUCACUGUG